UUAAAUACGCUCACCACUCCCCACUCUUCUUUCCCUCGCUUUCGCCCUCUCCUCUUUCUCCAUCCUUCCAUACCUCUCUCUCUCUCUCUCUCUCUCUUGCCCCUUUCUUUUUCCCGCCUUAGAUCACCGCUCUAAACCCUAAAACCCUACCUCUUAAACCCUAAAUUUCUCCGCCUACGGGCCCUAGACGACGAGAUCGAGCCCCUCCGAUUCUGCUUCUCGUCGAUUUCCCCCGAUUUUUGGGGAAUUUUCGGUGUUUUCUCUCGAUCCGUGGCUCUCUGCUUCGUUUUGCGCGUUUAUGAAACCUCGGAUCGACUCGUAGCGACCGAUCUGUGGCUCCCGCGCGAUGAAUCGAAGCGAGAUCGCGCGGCGGAGCUGCAGCUCAGCGGCGAAGCUCUCCGACCGCGCGGUGGCGCCGAGGAAACCCGUUUCCGGCUCCGGAUGCGGUUCCGGGCGCAGGAUCGUGCGGAUCUACGUCACCGACGCGGACGCCACGGACUCCUCCUCGAGCGACGACGACGACUCCGGCGCGGCGAUCCCCUUCAUCCUCGGCUGCCGCCGCCGCCGCCGCCGCGUAAAGAGGUACGUCCACGAAGCCACGAUCGCGAUCGCCUCCUCCGCUUCCGCCGCUCCCCGCCGCCGCGCGACGCCGCGGAAGCGGCCGUUAUCGUUUACGACCGCGCCGCCGUUAGGAUCAAGGGCCCCGACGCCGUCACCAACUUCCCCUCCCCGUAAGCGCCUCUGGCUCGGGACCUUCGACACCGCCGAGGAGGCCGCCGCCGUUUACGACCGCGCCGCCGUUAGGAUCAAGGGCCCCGACGCCGUCACCAACUUCCCCUCCCCGGCGCCGCUCAAACUAACGGCGCCGUCGACGUGCUCCCUCGAACGGUUGGACCCCUCCCCGCCGCCACCCCUCCCCGCCUCGUCCUCUUCCUCCUCCCCCCGCCCCUUCGCCUCCCCCACCUCCGUUCUCCGUUACGGCGACGGCGACGGCGACCCGUUCGAUCUCCUCAGCUACGGUUACGGCGAGGUCGACGCCUUCGGGUUCAGCUUGGACCCCUCGCCGUUAUGUCUAACGGAGCCCCGCUUCUCGCCGUUAGCGAGGCGGCCGUGCUGGGCGGAGGACGUGGUGGCCGAGCUGGGCGAGUUCGACGCCGACGACUUUUCUCUCGAAGUCGUUUUGUCGUGAAAUGACGAUAAUGCCCUCGGCGCCUUGCCCCUUUUACCUCGAUGCCCCCCGGGGUUCGCUGUAGUGGGCGGGAGUUUUUAAUAGUCUUUUUUGUUUAUUAUUAUUUAUUUAUUAUUAUUAUUAUUAUAUAGACCGGAGGGGAAAGGGAAAGGGUAAGGGGGGUGGGAUAUAGCAGUAUAUAUAUAUAUAUAUAUAAUUAAUUAAUUAAUUAAUUAAUUAAUGCAGGGCUUUGUUGUGUGUGUGUGUGUGACAGUGUGGCUAGUCGCGUGACUUAAGGAGUGGGGGGAGAGGGUUCCUUAAAUUCCACGGCUCUGCGUGGAAAGUGGUGCAGAUAUUAAUUUUUGUUUCUUUGGCUUCGCUUUAAAAGUCGUGUAAAUAUACUCGGCUCAAAAUGUCGACAAGUUGAUAAGUAAAUAAAAAUUUUGAAAUGUA